GAAGAGAGAAGAGUCAAAGGUGGAGGUUUAAACAAGGAAGGACAAGAAGAAGAAGAAGAAUACCCAACCCAACCCAACCCAACCCCCAAUUGUAUUUGCACGGGUCCAUCGGUCUCUUCUUCCUCUCCACUCCUCUUUUUCCUUUCCUUCGCCUUUUGUUUUGUUCAAACUCCCCAUUAAUACAAGCAACACCCCCACACAGUACUAUUACCUCCAUCUUAAUUCCUCAUCUCUCUCUCUCUCUCUCUCUUUCUCUCUCAAUAUUAACAUUUAAGAAAAAAAUAAAGAAAGAGCCUUAGCCUUGGCCAUGGCCGUGGGUGGACAUAGAAUCAUCGUGGAGAAAGUCCUCGGCAGCCUGGGCAAGGGGUUCGAUAUAACCUCCGAUUUCCGUCUCAAGUACUGCAAAGGCCAAGAAAGGUUGGUUGUGCUCGAUGACACCGCCAGAAGAGACCUCGCCCUGCCUGGCUUCGGCGUCUUCGAGGACGUCUCCCUCGAUAUCAAAUGUGACAAAGGCGAUCGCAUCCGCUACCAAUCCGAUAUCCUCAGCUUCAACCAGAUGUCGGAGUUCUUCAACCAGAAGUGCUCGGUGGGAGGGAAAAUUCCGUCGGGGCUGUUCAAUUCGAUGUUCGGAUUCAGAAGCGGAUCCUGGGCGGAGGAUGCGGCCAACACCAAGUUCUUGGGCCUCCACGGCUACUUCAUUGUUCUCUUUUCCCUCCACCUUCAGCGCUCUCCUCUCCUCCUCUCUGACCAAGUACGCGACGCCGUUCCUUCUUCUUGGGAUCCGCCCGCCCUUGCAAGAUUCAUUGAGAAAUAUGGGACGCACGUCAUUGUGGGGCUGAGCAUUGGUGGCGAGGAUGUGGUGGUAGUAAGGCAAGAAAGUUGUUCUAACCUGGAGCCAUCGCAGCUCAAGAAUCACUUGGACGAGCUCGGUGAGCAGCUCUUCACUGGGACAUGCACCUUCUCCCCCCACCCCCAUAAUAAGACCAAGGACCAAAAGCUCAAGCCACCCGAAGCUUUCAAUGUGUUUGAUCCUCAACCCGUUUCCUUCAAUAGCUUCUCAGCUGUCUCGUCAAAAGAUGGCAUCAGUGUGAUUUGCUGGAAAAGGGGCGGAGACACAUCGGCAGAUAGCCACUGUGAAUGGCUGCCAACAGUGGCAUCAAUGCCGGAUGCAAUUCACUUCAGCUUCAUACCUAUAACAUCUCUUCUUAAAGGUGUUCCAGGCAAAGGCUUCUUGUCACAUGCCAUCAACCUCUACAUGCGAUACAAGCCUCCAUUAGUUGAUUUAGAGUACUUCUUGGACUUCCAAGGGCACAAGAUCUGGGCUCCCAUUCACAAUGACCUUCCCCUAGGCCCAUUAGCCAUAAACAAGGCCAUUCGGACGCCAGCCCUCCAAUUCAACCUCAUGGGCCCUAAACUCUUGGUCAACACUAGCCAGGUUACAUCCGGGAGGAGACCGGUCACUGGGAUGCGGUUUUAUCUUGAAGGCAUGAAAUGCAACAGGUUGGCCAUUCACCUCCAGCAUCUGUCCAACACUCCGAUGAUGUUCCAAAGCAAGAUUGACGACGCGGUAAGCAAUUGGCGAGGGUCAGAAGAAGUUGGCGACCAUCGAUACAUAGAAGCCGUCCAGUGGAAAAAAUUCUCUCACGUCUGCACAGCUCCAGUCAAGUACGAUCCCAAUUGGGCUCCCAAGAAUGGUCAGAUCAGUACCGCGGCAUACAUUGUCACCGGCGCUCAGCUUCACGUCAAGAAGCACGAUUCCAAGACCGUGCUUCACCUCCGCCUCUUGUUCUCCAAGAUCUCAGACUUCUGCGUGGUGCAGUCCACUUGGGUGGAAAGCCCGUCGCAGCAGCAUAAUUCCCAGAGAUCAUCGGGCUUGUUCUCUGCGUUGAGCAGCUCCAUGACUGGCAGUCACAAGGAAAAGGAGAAAAAGCCGGCGGUGGUUGUGGAUUCCGGGGUGUAUCCGACGGGCCCUCCGGUGCCCGUGCCGGUGUCGAACCAGAAGCUCUUGAAGUUUGUGGACUUGGCACAGUUGUGCCGGGGGCCGUUGGAUGGGCCGGGGCAUUGGGUGGUGACCGGAGCUCGGCUGGACUUGGAGAGGGGCAAGAUAUGUGUCCAUGUUAAGUUCUCUUUGAUCAACAAAUGUUAAUUAAUGACAAGCAAGAAAGAAAGAAAGAAAGAAAGAUUGAGAUCU